GGCCUGGAUCCGUGCUAAUUCAGCUGUUCUCACUUGGGAACACCUGUGCUCUGCUCCUCCUCCUCCUCCCAGCCUUCAGCGUGGAAGAUGGCGGGUGGCGUGGACGGCCCCAUAGGGAUCCCAUUCCCGGAUCACAGCAGCGACAUCCUCAGCAGCCUGAACGAGCAGAGGAACAACGGGCUGCUGUGCGACGUGGUCAUCCUGGUGGAAGGCCAGGAGUUCCCCACCCACCGCUCCGUCCUGGCGGCGUGCAGCCAGUACUUCAAGAAGCUCUUCACCUCAGGGUUAGUGGUGGACCAGCAGAACGUGUAUGAGAUUGACUUUGUGAGCGCGGACGCGCUGUCGGCGCUGCUGGAGUUCGCCUACACCGCCACCCUCACCGUCAGCACUUCCAACGUCAACGACAUCCUCAACGCCGCCACGCUGCUGGAGAUCCCGGCCGUCAGGGAUGUCUGCACGGAUCUCCUGGAGAGGAAGAUUCUGGCCAAAAAUGACCAGAUGGAUACAGUAGAUCAAAUUGAUCAGAGGAACCAUCUCAGAGCUAAAGAGUACCUGGAGUUCUUCCAGAGCAACCCCGUGAACGGCCACCAAGGCAGCUUUCCGUGGACCAACCCAGAGUUGAGAGACCUUCAGAGACUGAACUUCCGAGGCCAAGAGGAGGAGGAGGAGUCCAACUGCAACGGCCUGGACUUCUACUCGCAAGCCACCCCGACCGAAAGACCAAAGGCAAGUGACUGUGACCCCGACAGCAACCCGGCCAUGUGGCUGGAGCGCGAGGACGAGGAGCCGGGCGGCGGCGGGAUGUUCUCCCCUUCCCAGAACGGACAUUACAGCAGCCGCGGCUUGGCCACGCCGGGAGAAGAGGAGGGAGGAACCCCCAGGGGCCCUCUGGACCCGCAGGAAGCCGGGGACUCGCCCGGUUUCAUCCCCACGGGCACGGAGACGGAGGAUGACGGCAGGGAGGUGGAUGACCUGGCCGCCAGCGCCCUGCUCCAGCAGAUGAUCAACUCGGUGGGGCGGCAGCAGCUCGGCGACGACGACCGCAAGGAUGAGGACGGGGUCAUGGAUUAUUACUUGAAAUAUUUCGGCAGUUCCAGCGAGGGCGACGUGUACCCGUCCUGGUCUCAGAAGGUGGAGAAGAAGAUCAGGGCCAAAGCAUUCCAGAAGUGCCCCAUCUGUGAGAAGGUGAUCCAGGGCGCCGGGAAGCUGCCGCGCCACAUCCGCACCCACACCGGGGAGAAGCCCUACGAGUGCAACAUCUGCAACGUGCGGUUCACCAGGCAGGACAAGCUCAAGGUGCACAUGAGGAAGCACACGGGGGAGAAGCCCUACCUGUGCCAGCAAUGCGGCGCCGCCUUCGCCCACAACUACGACUUGAAGAACCACAUGCGGGUGCACACGGGGCUGCGGCCGUACCAGUGCGACAGCUGCUGCAAGACUUUCGUCCGCUCCGACCACCUGCACAGGCACCUUAAAAAGGAUGGAUGCAACGGGAUCCCCUCGCGGCGCGGCCGCAAGCCGCGGGUCAGGGAGGCCGGGGCCGUGCCCCCCUCGGGCGCCGAGGACGGGGCGCUGGCGGAGAGCCACGAGGGCGAGGACACGGCGCAGGGCGAGGAGCAGCAGCAGCAGCAGCAGCAGCAGCACUUUGAGGAGAAUUCCAAUAACGAAGCGCCGGGAUUGAAUGUAGCAGGAGGGUCGGAUGAGGGUAACGCGCAAGGACUCUCCUAAACCAAAAAAAAAAAAAAAUAUGAGAAAUAUAUAUAUAUAUGAAAGCAAAACAGCAAACCAACCCCAACCGACGAAACAGCCACCUGAGAAAAAAAAACAAAGUCACAAAAUCUAGUUAGUACUUUUCCUCCGAUUUUUCUCUUUAAAAGAUGUUUCUCUUCCCUUUUUUUUAAGGAAAAAUGGAAAAAAAAGCGGCGAAAAAAAUCACAAAAAAAAAAAAAAAAGAGAGAUAUUAUAUUAACGUUUUCCAAUCUUCCCAUCGUAAGUGGGGCUCUCCCCCGAGGAUCCCUCGUAGCCAAGGACCUUCUGGUGGAAAGGCAAGGAUGAGGUGGGGAUGGAAAGUGGCUCUGUGGCAUGGAAAGGAGCUUCCAUGUAAAUCCAAAGCUUUAUUUUGUGUCCAAACACGUGUUUAAAAAAAAAAAAAAAAAAGAGAAAAGAAAAAAAAAACUUAUUUCAGAGAGAGAGAGAUCUAUUUAAGAAAAAAAAAAAGGAAAAAAUAGCAAAAAAAAAAAGCAAAAAGGAGCGGUAGGAGUUGGAAGGGCUGUGGCAGGGUUUGGGGUUUGGGGUUUGGGGGCUCCUUUGGGGUCAGGAUUCAGGAUUUGGGGUCUGACCCCAGCCCUAGCCGGGCAGUGAGAGGGGGGAGGGCCGGGAGGAAUUCUGGAAAUUGCUGGAAAUUGCCUGAAAAAAAAAAACAAAACAAAAAAUCAUGUGAGAGAAGGGCAGCAGGGUCGGCAGGGUUUGUGUCGGGCACGCGGGGAUGGGGACACAGGAAGGAGAUAGGGACAGCAGGGAUGGGGACACUGGGAUGGGGACACUGGGAUCGGGACACAGGACAUAGGGACAUCAGGAUGGGGACACUGGGAUGGGGACACAGGGAUGGCUCAGCCAUGCCAUGGAUCCAGAGCUGGUGUGUCCAUCCCUGUGUCCCUCCCUGUGUCCAUCCUUGUGUCCAUCCCUGUGUCCCCAUGUCCAUCCC